AUGGAGGAGUGUAACUUGAAAAAAGCAGAGAACCAUUCCUCUCAAUUCAAUAUGGUGGAGGAUAAUGAUUUUCAAGAAAUGGAAGAUAACAGAAGUUUAGAAGAGGAAUGCAAACCUGAACCUGGAAUGUUUUAUGAAUCGUUUGAUAAGUUUUUUCAAUACUACAAGAGCUAUGGGAAUAAAAUAGGGUUUGAAGUUGCUAUAAGAUCUUCAAGAAAAAGAGUUGAUGGGGAGUUGAUUUAUGCAAAUGUGGCUUGUUCUUGUGGUGGGAAGCGAGAAAGUAACUCCAGAAAUGUUUGUAAAAUCGUACCAUUGACAAAAAGUGGUUGUAAGGCUCGUUGUACUGCAUCUCGACAUUCUGAUAAAAAAUGGGAAAUAGUGUCGAUCAUCUAUGAGUAUAACCAUGAACUCAGUAGUCCUAGCAAAACUGGAUUUUUCAAGAGCAAUCGAAUUAUACAGCCAUAUGUGAAAAGGAAGCUUGAAGUGAAUGAUAAGGCUAGGAUUAGAUCUAAUAAAAAUUUUAAUUCCUUGUUAGUUGAAGCUGAUGGUGCUAAGAAUUUGACUUUCUUACAAAAGGAUUGUAGGAAUUACAUUGAAAAGGUUAGGAAGACCCGACUUGGUGUUGGGGAUGCUAUUGCAAUCCAAAAAUAUUUUCUGAAGAUGCAAAAAGAUAAUCCAAAUUUCUUCUACGUUAUGGAUUUAGAUGAGGAUGGUCGAUUGUAG